AUGCGUUCUGAACUAUCGUCGAUUCCUUACACGCCUGAUAGACCAAUAAAUGCCCCCCGCAUUAAGCCGCAACUUUGGGCGCAAUUUCGUGCGAAGAUCACCUUACUUCGUACUCAAGGCUACACAAAUGACAAAAUCAGAGCCGAACUGAAAAAGGAUCCUGAAGCAAUUAAGUUAUCCUUCGAUCCAAGCACGGGUCAGCUCAACGGGCAGUUGGAUAAGUGGGGGCUUGUCAUCCGCCAACAAAAAUCGGUCGUUCGUGUAGGUCAGGCGGUAGUGACAGAUGAUGGCCUCAUUUUUCAGAAAUCAGACGCAGAGCACUCCGAGGACCCCAUCGGCCAAAAGGUGGCUGCUGAGCACAAAUCUUUGUCAGAACAUGAUGAGGACGCCUGCGGACAGAAAAGAGUCUCGACGAAGGCCAAUUUACCCUCACACAGAGAUCAGAGAGGGGCCGCAGAGCAACCAGCUGCUACUGCGAUCAAGAACUCUAAGCGAGCUGGUGAAGGAGACAUCAACUCUAGCAUUGGUCGCUUUCUGGAUAAUGACCACAACCGCGACACCACCACACGGCAAGCAUCGCUCUUUCUGGAAACCCCACCACUAGACUUCAACGAUACAUCUUCGAGCGGUGGCGAGUUCUUAAAGCACGGUAUCAAAACACCAGAUACAUCGAUAUCACCGCUUGUGUCGAUGACACAAUAUGACCAGUACUUGGAUGGGGAGUCUGGUCUAGAAGAGUUUAUAACAGCGAGGAUCAUGAGAACAUUUACACGGAACCUACACUCACUCUCACCAACACACCCAAACGUUAUUACGAUCUCAACCUGCCGCGCUGUCAAUGAAGCAGCGGAGUUCCUUGCGGCUGUAGGGAUCUUUCGGGAUGCUUUCAACCUCUUUCACCUCGAGUAUAUAUCAUGGCUGAAGCAUUUGAAGCGACUUGGACCACCUGAUUUGGGCAUUGUUGGUGGCAUGGCUACAGCUGCUAUUAACUGUGCUCGCACGUACCUGGCCAGUAGGUCCCUCGGUGACCACCGACAAAUGCUCGUGCGGCAAGUUUUAUCCGAAGUUAUUGAAGAACUGACGAGAAGGAAUUUGGGGUCCAGCCUCGACUGUGUUUUACUACAUUUCUACCUUUCUUCCACUUGCGAUCGUAUGGAAGAUUCUGCAAUCUACGACUUGUCGGUAAAGCACCAAGUUAUAGGACUUCGAAUGAUUUUCGACCUCUGGGGAACAUCCUUCAAGAUAAUAGCGAAGGACAACCGGGAUCGCGAGCGUUUCUUCAUGACCAGCGCCGUGGAGGCCUCUCUGACCACAAAAGCGUCCGAGCUUGUUAGCUGUAACGUCAAUUUUUCCGCCUGUUCGCUUUGGCUGUCUCGAAAUUCGAUCCAACCCUCAGACCGCGAACGCUUGGUGGGACAUGUCAGAGAUUUUCUUCGCUUGUGUCAGGCACACAUCUUUGCAAAUAGCGAUCAAGUGGACCAGGCCAUUGGACACUUGCCAGGAGCAGGCGACAACAGAACAAAGGAGUUCGCCGGAUGGCUUCUCUACUGUUACAUCACUCCAGAACUUCUGCUCAAGACAGUGCCGUUGGAUUGGAAGUUCGUCCAAUGGGCAAACCAGACCGAUGAAUUACCAUUCAGUUCCGUUCUCGCGCUAGCGAUAAUAGCUAGUAGCUUCCCAAACAUCCUCAGCGGAAUGCUGACCGACACAUCUAUCAGCGGCAUGUGGAUGAGAGCGGUUGACACAUCUAUCAGCGGCAUGUGGAUGAGAGCGAUCAACUCACUCCUGCAAUCGUCUUUCGCAUACGGGAUGAUAGCCGAUGCGUACCUCCUCAGGUUGACAUCUCUAAAUGGUGGCAACGCAGGAGAUGUUCCUGCUGGCCUCACUACUUCAGCUCUGAUGACAUCAAUACUGAAGUAUCACCUACACAAAAUGGUCGGCGCUCAGCAAUCCAAAUCACCUCUACAGACGACAGAAGUUCUCCGCCAAACCUGCAACUUCUAUAGAUCUUUAGAAACUCUACCACGACCGUCAGCCCAACCAGCAGCUCCCCCCCCUCGUCCGCCGCCAUCGCCAUCAUUACAGUCGGAACUGUCAGUAAGCAAGAGUUCUCAACCCAGUGUGGUCAUCUCAUUGCGGUCGUCAGUCAACACGAUCCGUUCAUCAAUGAGUUUUGACCAAAGACAGAUGAUCGAACUCAAAUUGCGCCUGCGUCAGGGACUUUCGCAGGUAACCAGACGCAGCAAGGACAGCUGGUUCUCGACAAGAUCCUCGCAUCAGUCCCGUGACGAGGACAGCUUCGAGAAAGUGACGGGAAUGCCGUACAUGGACUUGUCGGCGAUUCCCGGCGAGCGCAGAGACACGCUCAUGACCGAGCGUAUUGAGGAAGAACAGAGCGACGUUGAGAUGCAAGACUGA